AUGGGUCGGAGGAAGAUUGAGAUCCGAGCUAUCAAGGAUGAUCGUAAUCGUUCAGUGACAUUUCUCAAGCGCAAAGGCGGCCUCUUCAAGAAGGCCUACGAACUCUCCGUCCUGUGUUCGGUCGAUGUCGCAGUCAUCAUCUUUGGUCACAACAAGAAGCUUUACGAGUUUUCGUCGGGCGAUAUCAAUGAAACAUUGCGGAGAUAUCAAUAUUAUGGUGCACCCCACGAACACAAAGGCCCUGGCGAUUUCAAGAACAAGGGUGGGGAGGACGACGACGAUGAGGACGAGGAUGAAGAUCAACCUGCGCACGCCCGCGAAGACUCGCUGCCACCCCAACAUCUUCCUCCCCAACUACAACACCACAACUCUUUUGCGCACAUUCAACAACCCAUGGCUUCCGUCUCACCUCCAAUGCCCAACGGCAUGUUCCAGCCUCGUCACGGCACGCCGCAACCUCCUCACAUGAUAUCGAGGCCGCCCUCUCAGAACAUGAUCCGCCGGACGAGUUCCAACUUGGUUCCCAUGCAACAUCCUCAUCCCACUCCUCCCCCACCACAGAAUGGAUUUGCAUAUGUUCCGAAUCCACCCAUCUACAACCCUCAAGCGACGCCGCCUGUCCCUCCUCAGCCUUCCCCUCAGCCUCAAUUUCAGCCAUUUCCACCCCAGCAGCAACCACCGCAACCACCGCCACCACUUCCACAAUCGCACCAACAGAUGCAGCAAGCGCACCAGCCUUACCUUCAGGAACAGAGACGACAUUCGCAGCCGCCUCCGGCUUCUCAACCCAGUCUUCAGCCUCCACCCCAAGCAGAAGCUCGCGUCUCACCUCAACCGGAACAGUUAAAUCUUCGGCCACCGGAGCAAGCCACACCACCUCAACCAAAACACCUGUCUUCCAAAUCGAGAAGUAUUUUCACUCCGAUCGACGAAGGAGGCUCGGUCUUGAUGCAGCAUUUCUUUGGUGCCCCCGAUCCUAAACCUCAGCUGAAGAAGGAAGAGGAGGCGCCAGACGUCAAACCUCCACCUCGGAGUACAACAGCCCCAACCAUCCCUCGACCCAGUUCGCAAGGAGGUCGGCCACAAACUACUGUUCCGGAAUUUGCACCGCCCACUAGAACUAACACGUCAGGAUCGAAAUCUGGUGCUCGACCGAAACUGAACCUUCAGAUACCCUCGGAAGCAGAAGACAACGAGUCGGCCGCCGGAGGGUCGCCAUCACAGUCGGCCAAUCCGUCAGCAAACCCAGCCAGAGGCUCUGAUCAUAUUGUCUUGCCGCCACCUUCGCCGAGCGCUUCUGCAGUAAUGUCGGCGGGAGCAUCUGGACCACCAAAUCCGUUUGCUCGGCCCCCACCGCCUACAUCGAAUGCAAACCGCGAUGCGUACAAUGACAAUCGAAACAAUAUCGAGACGCCCAUAUCUGCCCUGCCAAGUCGGUAUAUGAAUAACGAUCUACUGCCGAGUCCGAGCAAUUUCUUUACUGAGUGGGACCGAAUGUCGGCUGUUUUACCAAGCCCUCUCGUGUUUCCAACACCGGCAGAUGCAAGAGGGUUGGGAUUUGGAAGCAGAGAUGCAGCCCGAGAAGCGGCGAGUGAGCAAGCGAAUGGAGAAAAGAGGAAGGGGAGCGUUGAUCUGGCGGAAAAAGAGGGAGAUGCUAAGAAAGUCAAGACCGGUGCGAGUUGA